AUGGCGCACCUUCUGCCCAAUGAUCAUCGCAUUGAACAGAAAUUGCUCUGCGCGCAGCUUGUGUGCGAAUGCUUCCAACUGGAUGAUCAGGGCGAGCGAGAGCACUGGCAGCCCAUUGCCGAUCAGCUGGUCGUGGCCAAGAUCUAUCUCCUCAAGUUCGCGCCGUUGACCAUUCAGCUACGUAAUGAGCACGGCAAGCCCAUUCGCCGUCGUAUGGGCCAAUGCUACCGGCUGCAACUUCAGACUGCCCAGCAUGGCGAGCUCCUUCGAGAUCUUGCCCUGGCUGAACCUGGCGUGUUGUUGGAGAUGGCGAGCCAGAUCUUCGUGCUAUAUCGCCAGCAGCGACAGCAUCGUAUCCUCGGUCUGAACUUCAUCUCUGCCCCCGACGCCAACGAGUUCAUGCUGUGCGUAGCAGCGGCGUAUCAAGACCAGGAGGCACACAUCCAAGAACUGAAUCGUCGGCCCGCAUCCACGCUUAGUAGCACUCCGGUGUCAUCCCCUGCUGCCGCGGCAAAAGCUGUAACCCCCGACACCCGACUGCAGCCUGCAAGGCCACAUCGCAAGUCGAUCACGCUAAAGCAGACCAUCGAUCCCGCGACCUUAAGCGCUGGCCCCGGGCCUGCAACGACACCGAACAGUCAGCCCGGCACAGAUGCUGUGCAAAUCGCAUGGAUUGCCCGCGCCAACGCCCCCUCUCACGACCAGCCCGAUGCAGACGCGCCUUUGGCAGGAUCGUGGAGUGAUCUUGAAUGGGUCACGGCACGCGGUCGGCUGGAUGAUCCGAUUGCGCUAAUCAGAAACUCUGAACUGGCCCUGUCCUUGCAAGCACAUGAUUUGCGGAACGCCUGCGUUGGCCAGCAUGGCGAGCAUGCCGAUGUGGUACUUCUCGCAGUACUGCACAAGGGUCUUCUUGCCAUCAAGCUUCCUUCCACCAUUGCCGCUGCCAGACUUGCCACCCAUCUUCUCGAACUCAUGCUCGAACAAGAGUUUGGCAGCAUCAAGGGUACCCAGCAGCUCCGUGAUGCUCUUGUGGAUGCCAUCCAAGAGACGCUAGACGAAUAUCAAGACCUUGAGCGGCACUUUGGCAUGACACAACUACAGCAUACGAGUGAUGCAUACUUGCUGCAGCACCGGGAGCAACUUCUUCUUCAACUUCACCGCUUGCAAAUGUUUACAACCGUGAUCCCUGACCUGGCCUCGGACCGCCCCGUGGGCGUGCAGCAUGUGCUCGCUGGCCUCACACCCAGCACUCGCGCUCAAUUACCUCCCACCUGGGCCUCAACCAUCCCUGCCGUCUAUUAUGUGUCUGUGCGAACAGAGUUCUCUCGGGCCUCGGGUGGCUCCUCCGUCACGCCGUCAGCCUCGCGUCGCGAUAGCAUCGGAAGCAACGCGUCUUCGCCCCACCAGAGUGCGCGCCUCAGACGCAAGGCCACCGUCAAGCUACAAAAUCACGUGCGUGUAGCCUUGCCCGGUGAAGGCUACACGACCUUACAUCGUGCCAACUGCGUGCGAGGCGCUGAUGUGUUGCAAUCAGCGUGCCGCAAGCGAAAUAUGGUACCGGCCGAUCUGCUUCUUCUCGUGACCGAGCGAGGCCGGGAGCGCUGGUUUCCCUUGGACGAGGUCGUGACUGAUGCUCAUGAGGAGUUUCGGUUGGCCGUCCGAGCCACUCGGCGCCUGGUUCUGAAAAAAACACAGCCCGAUGAAACGCUUGGUUUUCGGCUCGGUCGAAAAGAUAAGCUGCUCAAGAUGAUUGCGGCCGCGCGUGCCGAGCACACAGAGUCAGCAGACACGGACUUGGCUUCGGGUCCCUUGGGUUUGGAUGAAGGAACCGUUGCAACAUACCCGGAUGACGGCGUGUUCGUCGUUGCCGUAGAGGCAACGUCACGUGCUGCUUUGCGUGGGCUCGAGGUGGGUGACCAGCUCUUGCGCGUGGAUGAGCGCUCAGCCGUGGCCAAGGAGUUGAAGCAGAUUAUACUGGGCCUCAAGGCACGGCAAGAAAUUAUGAUGGACAUGAAGUGCAGUCGUCGCACCAAGCAUGAGGUCGUUGACGAUGAAGCGCAUCAGGGCUUGGACGCUCUCAUUGACGAGCACGUGGUGCUGGCCCCAGCUGUGCUGGCCGAUGAAUUGGAGGGGGGCUUUGACCGUGGCAGCAAUCACGUCGACCUAAAGUCAAAUAUCGCCUCCUCCAGCCAAGCGCAAAUGGGUGCAGGCGAGACUUUGCACGCACGCAUUGAUAGCUGGGUGGUGCCGCCGCCGCCGCAGUUGGCGAGCAACUCCCCAAGCCGUUCCAAUAGCCAUCCGCGCCAUGGUAACAGUCCCGGUAUGGGCGACGGUGCAUCGCUGCCAGGGGAUGGGCGCUUGGGCCUCGACACACUGGGUCAUGGGGACGCGGGCUCGCGGCCGGGCGCAUCUACUCCAACACCCCCAGCCAUGAGUACAGAAGACAUCAUGGCGGCCAACGAAUCCCAUUCUGGCCUUGAUUUUGUACGGCAGGUCACAGACUUUGUGCGUAGUGCAGACGAAGUCUCCAAGCUGAUGAAGCAGCUCACGGUUGAGGAUGCCGCCUUACUGUCCCCGCGCCGAGACCGGGGAGAUGCAGAGAAUGAUCAUACUGCGCGAUCAAAGGGUCGCCCAACCUCUGAGCAUGUUGAAAGUCCUGGUGGGUCGGAGGUUGGUUCAGAUCUCGUGCCAAUGACGGAGCCGCCCCAUGGCGUGCACACGGGGGCCAACGAACGCUCGAGUGCGAUCCCCCGCCAUGAGCCUAACAGAGGCUCGGGAUCAUCGCGGCAUAGCUCGGUGUCAGAUGCGGGCAGCGAGGACGGCGCAUCGCCCCGCGCAAUGGUGCGGCGGCGCAGCUCGCGCCGAAGCAGCCGCACUGAGCGGUCUCAGCACGAAGCCCGGUGCAUUCAGCAUGAUGUUUUGAGCGACCUCGACCGCAAGCGCCGACGCAAGCGCGAUAAACUCCAAGCCACGAUUCAAGAGCUCAUUGACACAGAGCGCUCGUACGUGGCAGACCUCUACCUGGUGCAGUCACGGUAUAUCGCGCCGUUGAUGAAGGAAACCAUCUUGACACGGGACGAGAAGGCCGUGGUGCUCGGGAAUUUAUCGCAGUUGCUCGCGUGUCAGAGCGAGCUGUUGUCGCAGCUAGAGGCAGCCACCGCCGAGCUUUUGGAAGCUGCAGCGGACGAGAACGCAGUGCUGCGGUCCAAGGUGACAGAGCGAUGUGCGGCCAAGGUCGCCCAAGUCUUUGAAGACAACCUGGACCAAUUUCGUGUCUAUGCAAGGUACUGCAGUGGUCAUGCGCGGGCAGCACAGAUUGUUGCCGACCGCAAACGCCACGAGCUUCAGGCCCUGCUGGCAGCGCGUAACCCGAGUCAGGAGCAAGCCACAAGCUUUGCGUCUUACUUGAUCAAGCCUGUGCAGCGCGUGCUCAAGUAUCCGUUGUUGCUGCGCGAGAUGGCCAGUCAUCUGGACUAUGAUCGGGCGACUCAAAAGCACGUGCAAGAGGCAUUGUCAGGUCUGACGCGGCUGGCGUCUCACAUCAACGAUAUGACGCGGCUCACGGAGAUUUUCGAACAUGAAAUCAACAUCAACGUGCCCGGUUUAGUCUUGAGCCAGAGCUUCCACCAGUUGAUGUACCACAGCGGCAUGACGUGGUGCAAUUGCGUGGACGAUCGUGGUAAGCCCCGGCGCCACGUGCCGGUGUAUCUCUUCGUCUUUCGCACCAUGGUUGUCAUGUUGGAGUUGUUGGACAGCGAGUCGAGAGGAGGUAAGCGCAAGGCGCUGCCGACUGCUUUCACCUUGCCCAAGUACCGCUUCCUGGACUGUUUUGAGUUGGCCGAUGUCAUUGUCGCCGGCAACAUCCCGCAAGAAUUUCUGGGUGUUACACCGUCCCAAGCCAGUCUUUGCUGGGGGUUCUAUCAUCUCCAAUCAGAAGGGCGUCGCUCUUCGCGUCGGCGUGGGGAGACCGCUUCAGUUGGCAGUAGCGGACACACGGGUAUUUUUGGCGCAGGGGGCACCGGCGAGGACGGGCGCGUCAACCGCACAUCGUGGGCUACCUUGCGCAGCAUCGUUUCGGACCGCAAAACCGACAAGCACCGGCAGGCGCUCAAAGUCCACUUGCCGGGCCGAGCCGAGGCGAGCGAGACGCGGCUGUUUGCCUUUUUGAUGGACCACGAUUCAGCGCGCAACGAGUGCUUGCAUCACGUGCAACAAGCCUUGUUGUAUGAUGGCGACGAUAAUCGGGACGAUGAUCCCCAGGGGCUCAUGCCGCUGCUCAGUAGCGAAGACAUCUGA